AUGAGGAAAAAAGGACUUCUACACCCAGGUGAUGCUAAACCAACUAAGGUUUUGGGAAUGAAGGCUUUCGUUAUUUUUUGUGGCCUGGGCAUCAACAACACAAUUAUGUAUGACCAAGUGAAGAAAUCCUGGGCAAAACAGUCUGUGGCUCUUGACGUGUUAUCUUAUCAUGCAACAUGUUCGAAGGCAGAAGUUGAUAAAUUUAAGGCAGCAAACAUCCCUCUGGUGUCAGAGCUUGGCAUUGAUGAUAUCCAUUUUGAUGACUUCUCGCUUGAUGUGGAUGCCAUGAUUACUGCAGCCCUGAGGAUGUUCAUGGAACUUGGAAUGGUUCAGAAAUUUAAAAUUGACUACGAGACGCUGUGUCGGUGGCUUUUGACGGUUAGGAAGAAUUAUCGAAUGGUUUUGUAUCACAACUGGAGGCAUGCUUUCAACGUCUGCCAGCUAAUGUUUGCCAUGUUAACUGGUCACAACAUCUUUGCUAACUUGUCCUCUAAGGACUACAGUGACCUUAUGCAGCUUCUAAAGCAAUCGAUAUUGGCAACAGACCUCACUCUGUAUUUUGAGAGAAGGACCGAGUUUUUUGAUCUUGUCAGUAAAGGUGGUUAUGAUUGGAAUAUAAAAAACCACCGAGAAAUAUUUCGAUCAAUGCUAAUGACAGCCUGUGACCUUGGAGCUGUGACCAAACCGUGGGAGAUUUCAAGACAGGCAGCUGAGCUGGUAACCAGUGAGUUCUUUGAACAAGGAGACAGAGAAAGAUCUGAACUCAAACUCACCCCUUCAGCCAUUUUUGAUCGGAACAGGAAAGAUGAACUACCCAGGUUGCAGCUCGAGUGGAUUGAUAGCAUCUGCAUGCCAUUGUAUGAGUGUCUAGUGAAGCUGAAUGUGAAGCUGAAGCCUAUGCUGGACUCCGUGGCCGUAAAUAGAGUCGCCACUGCUGCAGAGGGUGGCCCUGGAGCAGCUGAGGACCCCUCAGAACGGGCUGAUGCCGAGAUCAACCUGGGCUGCCUGCUGUACCGGCAGGGGCGGCAUGAAGAGGCCAGCAGCAAGUUUGCCAGUGCCAUGCAAGUGUUGGGUUACUGCCCUGAGCUGUCCUACAACAUGGCACUGUGCUGCUACGCAGCCAAGCAGUACGCCCCUGCCCUCAAGCAUAUCUCCGAUAUCAUAGAGCGUGGCAUCCACCAGCACCCAGAGCUCAGUGUGGGCAUGACCACUGAAGGCAUUGAUGUCCGCAGUGUAGGCAACACUCUGCUUCUGCACCGCACGGCCCUGGUGGAGGCCUUCAACCUCAAGGCAGCCAUUGAGUACCAGCUGCACAACCUGAAAGCGGCCCAGGAGGCGCUCACGGAUAUGCCGCCGAGGGCUGAAGAGGAGUUGGAUCCAGUCACGCUGCACAACCAAGCGCUAAUGAACAUGGACAGCCAGCCUACCGAAGGGUUUGAGAAACUGCAGUUUCUUCUGCUGCAGAACCCCUGUCCACCAGAAACUUUUGGAAACUUGCUACUCCUCUACUGCAAGCAUCAGUACUACGACCUGGCAGCUGAUGUGCUGGCAGAGAAUGCCCAUCUGACCUACAAACUGCUCACACCUUACUUGUACAACUUCUUGGAUGCCAUUAUUACUUGUCAAACUGCCCCUGAGGAGGCUUUCCACAAGCUAGAUGAUUCAGCAGGGACACUGACCGAGCAGCUGAGAAAACUCACAAAGCAGGUACAGGAAGCUAGGCAAAAUUGGGAUGAUGAAGCUGUAAAAAAGGCAGUUAAUGAGUAUGAUGAGACUCUGGAUAAAUAUGUACCUGUCUUGAUGGCCCAGGCAAAGAUCUACUGGGACAUGAAGAACUACACAAUGGUAGAAAAGAUUUUCCGCAAAUCGGUGGAGUUCUGUAACGAACAUGAAGUGUGGAAGCUCAAUGUGGCUCACGUGCUCUUCAUGCAGGAUAGCAAGUAUAAAGAAGCCAUUAGCUUUUAUGAGCCAAUAGUUAAAAAGCACUAUGACAACAUUCUCCAUGUCAGUGCCAUUGUGUUAGCUAACCUCUGUGUUUCCUACAUCCUGACAAGCCAGAAUGAAGAUGCAGAGGAACUGAUGAGGAAGAUCGAGAAGGGAGAAGAGCAGCUGUCCUAUGACAAUCCUGAAAAAAAUAUCUACCAUCUUUGCAUAGUCAAUCUAGUCAUUGGUACCCUCUACUGUGUGAAGGGAAACUAUGACUUCGGUAUUUCAAGGGUCAUUAAAAGCCUGGAGCCAUAUAACAAAAAACUGAGCACUGAUACAUGGUAUUAUGCCAAACGGUGUUUCCUGUCCUUGCUGGAGAACAUGUCCAAGCAUAUGAUCAUGCUCCGUGACAGCGUUAUUCAAGAGUGCAUUCAGUUUCUGAAGCAGUGUGAGCUGUAUGGAAGAAACAUCCCAGCUGUCAUUGAGCAACCCCUUGAAGAGAAGAGGAUGCACAGUGGGAAAAAUACAGUUACCUAUGAAGCCAGGCUUCUGAGAGCACUGAUGUAUAAGAUCAUUGGGUGGACUGCAUAAGUGGCAGUCCUGGACAGUAGAAAUGAGAACUUUGUGUCUGUUCUUCUCUUAUGUUUGCGAGGUGAUGCUCACCCUGGUAGUCCAUGGUAAUAUGGGUUUUUCUUGAUUGCUUACCUUUAAAGAUUUUGUCCUGUAUUUUAACAGCAUCCAGUGGAAAAUAGAAUAAUUG